UAAAUGGAUCGUUAUACCAUUUAUGUUAUAUGGUUAUUUAAUUAUUCCAAAAUAAACGAAACAACCAAAACAAGCCGUAUGCUAAUACUUAAAUGUGGGUUUGACUUCCUACUGUGACGAAACGAUAUUAUGGUUCUAUUUUGCGUUUGUCAACACGGGUAAAUAGAAAACGAAUGGCCACUACUAGCUACACGGACCCAUCAACUAGCCAUUUCUGAAUUGAACAUCUGAGUUACAAGAUUUGUUACUAAAACAGAAGCUGCAGAACCCGGAAAAGGGAAGUGCGAGAGAAGCAAAUGCGCACCACUUUCAUUUCUUAAAUAUGAGACCAUUAAGAUGUACAUCUCCUACGGCCAAUGGAUUUGAUCUAUCCCCGUGUCCUCUGUGAAAUGAUCCGACAUAGAGUCAAUUUCAGCUAAAAGGUCGCAAUGGCGAGAAUAGCCUGGUACCAAGAAAAGAUUGGAGCAUAUGAUCAGCAGAUUUGGGAGAAAUCCCUUGAACAAACGGAGUUAAAUGGAAUUGGCAGCAAGCCAAUGAAGACUGGACAUAUCAAGCCGGACCUAAUUGAUGUUGACCUAGUAAGAGGCUCAACAUUCAGCAAGACUAAGCCAGAGAGUCCAUGGACAGCACUGACCCGUAAAGGUCUGGUCAGGGUGCUUCUGUUCCCCUUCUUCUUCCACUGGUGGAUCCAGGUCACCUCCCAGAGGAUCUCCCUCUGCAUCCUGCUGCUCUACCUCCUGCAAGUGGCAGCGCUCCUCAUGUAUGUGGAGGUUCCUGCGGCCAGUCCCAGUGAGCUGUUUGGGCCCAUGUGUCUGAUGCUGCUGCUGGGCACCGUGCACUGUCAGAUCGUCUCCACGGAGACCAGCCGCAGCCCCUCCAUCAGCCCUGUGACCAGCAGCUCUGCCAGCCCCACGCGUAGGAGGAGGUGGAACAUACACACACACGCACACACUAGACCCAGAAAGGGGCGGGGGGUGAAGCGGACAGAGGAGCCAGGGAGCAACGAAGACACCGAGCUGCACGACAACCAGAGACUUUACAGAUGUGAGGAGAGGAGGACCAAUCAGAGAUCCGGGUUCGGGGCGUCUGACGAACUGUCCAGUGAGGAAGAGGAGGAGGACGGAGCUAGCGUGCCCCUCCCAGCCUCUCAGGAGAGACACGCAGGAAGGAACACUGUCGCUGCCUACCUCAGGAAGAGACACCCCCAGCUCCUGUCCCAGACCCCAGGCCCCCAGGUGGAGUGUGCCCGGCCAGGUAGCCCCGCCUCCUCCAUGGACGGCAAGAAAGCCCGUGGCGCUGAGCGCCUCCGACUCGACCACGCCGAACGGCCCGCCUCCGACACCGACGACACCAUGUGGGAGGAGCUCCUGCAGGGCCCCGACUCCGCCUCCACGGGCAGCAGUGACACCGAGGGGGAGGCCUGGCGGUACCGCGCUGGGGUCAACGCCCCCCCCACCGCUACGGCCAGCAGCGACGACGAGAAACUGCAGCAGGGUCACUUGUUGUGGCUCCAGGCAUGCCACCCGUCUCGGGACCGUGUGAGUGCCAUCAUCUGGGAGCAGGGGGACUGCAAGAAGGCUGACAUGUCCGUUCUGGAGAUCAGUGGCAUCAUUCUGACACGGGUGAAGCUGGUGGAGCAGGGCAUGGGCUACCUGAUGCUGGGCGGCCUGGUGACGGCCACGCUGGCCCUGUUGCCGUACGGCUUCCGCCUGUCCCAGCAGCUGGAGCUGUCCCAGCUGGGCUCCCUGAGCCUGGGCCAGCUGGCCGAGAUGGCCCUGGGCCCGCCCAACACCCAGGUCUACGCCUUCUUCCUCAUCUCCACGGUGGAGAGGUUCUGCCUCACCGGACUCUUCUUCUUCAUGAUGUGUGUGGCGGAGAGGACCUACAUACAGCGGCUCCUGUUUGCCAAGCUGUUCAGCCACAUCACGUCCGCGCGGAAAGCCAAGAAGUCGGAAAUCCCUCACUUCCGUCUGAAGAAGGUGCAGAACAUCAAGAUGUGGCUGUCUCUCCGCUCGUUCCUCAAGAGGCGAGGGCCCCAGCGUUCGGUCGAUGUCAUUGUGUCCUCCAUCUUCCUCCUGGCUCUCUCCAUCGCCUUCAUCAUCUGUGCUCAGCUCCUGCACAGUCACCACACAUUCCUGGACUCUCUGACCAACUGGGAGCUGAUGUUGUGGUGCUCCUCCCUCUUCCUGUUCUUGCUGCGUCUGGCCACGCUAGGCACCGAGACCAACUGCAAAUACAGCAACGCCUCGGUGCUGCUCACCGAGCAGAUAAACCUGUAUCUCAAGAUGGAAAAGAAGCCCAACAAGAAAGAAGAACUGAACAUAGUGAACAAUGUUCUGAAGCUCGCAACUAAACUCAUGAAAGAGUUGGACAUUCCCUUCCGGCUGCUGGGUCUGACGGUGAACCCCCUGGUGUAUAACAUCACCCGGGUGGUCAUCCUGUCAGCCCUGUCUGCCGUGGUCAGCGACCUGCUGGGCUUCAAUAUCAGGCUGUUGAAGAUCAAGCCUUGAUGGGAACGUGCCAAACGAAACCACUGAGUGUUAGACACUGGAAAACUGGACCAGCCCCUGAUGCCUUUUCCAGACGGGACCAGCCGACCUUUGACCUUUGGCCUGUCUGUUCUGAGAGAGUGCGUACCUACUGACCCCUCCACCCCUGCUUCUCUGUAGCUUCCCUGGACCCUCGGAGCACAAGAUCUCCCUGGAUCACCGCUCGCUUCGGCCCCUCUGUGACAAAUCCCUUCUCCCUGUCCCUGGAUGCUGCUAGCUCUCCCUACACACUCUGUUAGCUGUCCCUGAUAGAUGUCCUGGACACCGCUGGCUGUCCCUGUCAUCUCUUGUUGGGAUGGAUGCUACUCGGGUUGCCAUGACUACCGUCCCUAGCAUUUCACAACAGCCGCUGGCUGGCCAGACCAGCGCCAAGACGCCUGAACAUCACUCUUACCAGUCUUCCUUUUCUGGCUUCUCGUCUGUCAAACUAGUUGCCAAUGGGUGCCUUUCCGAAAAAAUGGGUCGUGUGAGUGUUUGGUUAAGACAAAUGAAUGUGUUCUAGAUCCGAAAUAGGCGGUGGUGGUGGAAUUCUGCCGUGGCAUAUUACCGGUAGUGAAAGCGAAACGUCACGGUUAUGGCGUGACCCUCUGUGACCUUUUAGGCGUCACAGAGGGUCACGCAACGGUAUGUAGACUGGGUCACUGUGCAUCAUGUGCUAAAAUGUGAAAACCAUGUCAGCGAAACACUACACGGAUUAACUAGAUGUUAUUUACUGCGUUGAUGCUUCUUUUUAUUUAAGGGGAACAAGAGCGCUUUAUUUAUUUGCAGUUUCAGCGUUGCAAUUACUUGCUGAGUGGUAUCUACAGAAUUACAUUCUUGGGGCAAAAUCGAUUGCUUUUAUAAUGAAGACCAAUAUUCAUCAAAGAUACUAUGCACAGAUAGGAUGAUUUUGUACGUGCAACAUAAUAGGAAUGUUUGCCUCAAUCUUUUGGAAGAUAAAUAAAUUGUCCUUUUUUAAGAACA